AUGGAGAACCACAGUGCCAUAUCUGAAUUUCAGCUUCUAGGGUUCCAGAUCUUUCCAAAGUGGGAGAUCAUCCUUUUUGCUCUAUUCUUGCUUAUUUAUAUAUUAACUGUCAUGGGAAAUGUGAUUAUCAUUGCAGUAGUCAAGUUGGAGCCAUUUCUUCAUUCUCCUAUGUAUGCUUUUCUCCAAAACCUUUCUUUCCUAGAGAUUUGGUAUACCAGUACAAUUGUGCCUAAAAUGCUCCGCAGCCUUCUCUCGGAGACCAACACAAUCUCUUACGAAGGAUGCAUGACACAGCUCUACUUUUUUGUCUUCCUGGGGGCCACAGAAUGCUUUCUUUUAUCUGUGAUGGCAUAUGACAGAUUCCUAGCCAUAUGUGAUCCAUUGCAUUACACAGUAACCAUGAACAGUCAGUCCUGUACUCGAUUAGCAAUUGGGUCUUGGGUGAUUGGUCUCAUCACAGGACUGUUGCCAUCUUUGCUGAUCUCCAAAUUAUCUUUCUGCAGAGCCAACCAAAUCAAUCAUUUCUUUUGUGAUAUCCCACCUUUGCUGAAGCUCUCUUGUUCUGAUACUUCAAUCACUGAGAUUACUAUAUUUGUGCUCUCUUUGUUGGUCCUUUUUACAUGUUUCUUGCUUACCUUGGUAUCUUAUGCCUUCAUCAUCAUUACUAUUCUAAAAAUCCCCUCUGCUUCAGGAAGGAAAAAGGCCUAUUCUACCUGUGGCUCCCACUUAGCUGUGGUGAUAAUAUAUUUUGGCACAAUGAUCUCGAUGUAUGUUCGCCCCAAUAUUAAUUUUUCCUCAGAGCUGAAUAAGGUGAUUUCUAUUUUCUACACAGUCAUAACACCCCUUCUAAAUCCUGUAAUUUACAGUCUGAAGAACAAUGAUUUCAGAGGAGCUAUUCAGAAAUUAAUUCAAAAGAGAUAUUGUGGCAUUCUAUAUGCUUCUAAACUGUAA